UUUGGGGCCGUUUCAGUUGAUUUUUGUUACUCCUUAUGAUUACUAUGUGUUCGCGGUCUUUUUAAACUACUGUUUGUUAAUAAAAAUCGUACAGCUUCAUAAGUUAAAAGUUUUGUGGAAGGCAUCGUUAUACGGUAAAAAACAGUCUUACAUACAUGUGCCAGAAAUAAAACCAGGCAAUCAUUGGAUACUCCGGAUAUUGGCCAAAUAAAAGUGCAACAACCUUGAAAGAGCGAUUCUAGUACAGCCGCUUCGGUGUAUAGAAAUGCACACACACUACAAAAGUUAUUAAUUGUAUAUCUGCCUUCUUAAGACAACAGAAACUUAAUUAACAUUUUCUGUGUGUCGGCUUGAUAACACAACAAACCCCCAAUUUGUCAUCUAAUUGCUUUACUAAAAGUUUACUUUGGGCUUUCAGUGUGCCACCAGUAUUGUGUGUAUAGAAAGAGUUAAUCGAUGUGUAAAUAAGUGAUAUAAUAUUUUACGCAUUGAAUGUACAAGGCGCCUUAAAAAAAUCAAAUUAGUUUUAACAGAUAUUUUAUUAGUGUACAUCGACAGCCCAAGCAAAGCCGGUAAACAAUAUGGCGGAAGCGAAAGUCGAAGAUCUUGGAAAACAUCGUGUGCACUUUGAUUCGGACAAUCUGAAGGAUGAUCUUGAGUCCGGCCACAGCGUCACCUACGAUCGAUGCGAUGAUGUUAUAUUCAUAAAAUUGGGUUUCCUACAAGUGAAUCACAGAUACAGGGUCGAUCUUAAACUACCCGUUUCCCUAUUCGAUAAGGGCACCACAUUUCAUCCUUCCUUGGAGUCGUCGAAUUGCAAUCCAAAUUGUCGCAUAUCGACAUUUGCCGGUGUCAAUCAUCCAGAACAGGAUUAUUUCGAAAUGCAAAUUGAAUUUUUUGCCUACAAAGAAAAUCUGCUACGCGAAAUGGUGAGCAUCGUCAACGCCAAGGACUCGAAGGAAGUGAUUAAGCUAAUGAUCAUAGCGCGUGCGUUGGGUAAAGGCAAAGGUACGCCGCUGCUGCGUAGUGGCAUACACUGCUUAGGCGAGGAGGACCCUGAAGAAUCGGAGUCUGACGUGCCACGUUUUGACAAAGGCGACUAAGGCGAAGGGAGCAUGCUGCCAAUUAACUCCUUUGAAAUUGUAUUAUACAUGAGAAAUUCUAAAAUAAACCGCUAUCUUUGUAUAUGUAUAGCAAACUAUAUGCACCGUUUAAUUAAAAUUACGUCGAGAAAACCUUUAAAUGCAAAUUAAAAAUUAAAAUGUCAUAAAUAAACUGAAAUGUUGUUUGUAUAGAUAUAAAUAUAAUAUGUACUUAAGGCUUAAGCAUUUAUGAAAAUGAUCGUACAGGAAAACCGUUUAAUUAACGACGCUAUUUAACAGAAAAUAAUUUCAUUGAAAAUCUAUUUGUAAUUAGUCGUUAGUGAAAAUUAUGCCUCGAUCAACUUUAUACAUCACGAAAUGAUAUAUUAUAUACAUACAUGCAUACUUAAAUACAUAUGUACGCAAAAAUACCCACACACACCUGCCUAUAUAGAAACUUACUUACUUUAAGACAAAGCAAGCGUUUUGUGUGCAAACUCAAAGUAUUUAUUACUCACUUGAAAAAAGGGUGAACGAAUAACGGAAACAAGUUAAGCGUCUCCAUAAGCGCUGGAAAAAUGUUAAACAUAGUGCUGUAUUGUAUGAAGGGAAUUGUCUAAUUUGUUGUUAUGAAAUUUGUGCACGUUCGAAAGUCGUUGUGUAAUUCCAGUAAGAACGAUAAAGCUGCAUUUUAUCUAAACGGAAAUUAAUUGUAUUUGUAAAAUAAUGCUAAUACUUUAAUAAAACUUCAACUAAACA